CCGAGGCCCGGGAGCGCCGGCGCCACCUCGUGGAGUGGCCCGGAAGCGCAGCUAGCGGUCCGAGGGGGCCGCGGUUCACGCGGGCUUCCUUUGACACUUCUGCAAUGUCCAUUUAUUUUGACCUGAAGGAAUAAAAGGGGAAACAGUGGAGGAAGGAGAAGGAGUGUUGUUCAACUGAAGUUGAAGCAAGCUUCAAGUUAUCUGAUAUGUACUAGCAAUUAGGAAAGACUUAUGAUGAAAAAGGGAGUUGGAGUAAAAGGAAGUACAUACUAAACAUGAAAAAGCUUUGAAACAUCCUCUUCUGAAUGUGACGGCUGUUUUUAUCCUGUUCAUUUGCACUUGGAAUUUGAAGGCAUCUGAGGGGUUACUGAGUCCAUUGUUGUCUUGUGGGUGAAGAAAGCAAGAUGGAGAAGUCAUAUUAUUUUUCCAAGAUUAUUCCAGAAUUAGUCCUUUCAGGACUGCUCAUAGACUUUAAUAUGCUGAGUGCCUACGAGUCUACAGAACUUCCUCUAGAGCCAGGAAACUUUGCAAGUAUGAAAUGAUCUGAAAGGAGGGGGUAAAGAAGGAAGUAACUGACCCAUGUGAAAAAGAGGAACAAGUUCUAAACCAAAGCGGGUUUAAAACAUAACAAAAAGAACAAAAGAGAGCUUGGCGUACCAAUCUCAAGGUGUUAUGCUUUUCUCUAGGAGUAUACAGAGGAAAAGACCUGAUCCCUGUCCACCAUUUAACCAGCAGGCACAUGGAUGGCAGAUCAUACAACCUUCCCUCUCCUGAGUUUUCUACUCUGCUAUUAUUUUCCACUCAUUUGUGCUUCAUUUUGUGAUUCAUUGAUUAAAAAGGAAGUGGGGUUGAAUGAACUCCCCCCUGACGCAGUGCGAUUAUACAAUAACAAUUGUAUAAUCAUCAGAUACAACGAGAGCCAUUUUCCAAAAUCAAGUUCACUCAGUCUCUCCUCUAAUUACACCAAUACUUUGCCACAUGAUGUUCUUUCAUAUCUGAAACAGAAAUGCCUAGACGAGCUUCCAAAAUUACUUUCAAACCAUAUCUUACAAAGAAUUACAGUGAACUGUACCUGUGAAUUCAUUAAGGGCUACACCAUACUACGAAACAACACUGUUUGUGCAGAAAUGCUGAAAAGCUGUGGAAAUACUUCAGUGGCCGUUUCCAUAGGAAUUUCUCUCCUUUUACUGUUGGUGAUCUGUGGAAUUGGGUGUGUUUGGCACUGGAAACACCAUAAUACAACGCAAUUUACCUUACCAAAGUUUCUGCAAAGGAGAAAAAAGAGAAAAGACCGUACUAAAACACUCUCCUUGAGCCCCCAGGUUAUUAGCCCAAGGCAUAAAAUCUCAGUUCAAACUCAAGACCGCAGAUCUGCUGGGGAGGACACUGACAUACAUGACAACUAUGAAAAUGUGGAAGUGUGUCCUUGCAAAACUAAAGGAACAGACAAGGAACUGUAUGAAAACACUCGGCAAACCAAUUUCGAGGAGCAUAUCUAUGGAAAUGAGACACCGUGUGACUAUUAUGACUUCCAGAAGCCCAGUGCUUCUGAAACACCUCAAGAUGAAGACAUAUAUAUUCUUCCGGAUUCAUAUUAACUUUUCAAAAUGUGGGUUUAGUUAUUGGAGGAUAAAUAUUCGCUGGGACUUUUAUUGUACUGAUAACAGUACUAAUCAAGUUAUUCUGUUGAAACUUAAUGAUCUCUACUUUAUCUCCACCCUUCUGAAUCCUCUCUGCAUGUAUCACUGUGGAGUAAUUCUAGAUAUCCUCUCCACCCUCCUGCCCUGCAUUAAUUCUGCAUUGUGUUUUAUUGAUUCUUCCUUCUGAACAUUACUUAUCAUUUUCAUCUUUUUCUAUCUCCACCAUCUCUUCUGGCUCAGGAUUGUUGUCACAGUCUGCUAACUAGUCUUUCUGGCUCUGGUUUCUACAUACUCAGUGAUGCCACAUCAGUCCCCAAGAGGCUGCCAGAUUCGUCUUCAGAAAAUAUUCCCAAAGGGCACAUCACUCCUUUGCAUAAAACCUUUUAAUGUCUCCUCUUUGUAAAAGACGUACUACUCAGAAUUCUAACUCCAGAAUUCAUGAUUUUACACGGCUGGUUCAGAUUUACUUUUCCAGUGACUUCUACUAAUCUCUCACUUCUCUGUUUUCAUCAGAAUCACCUCAAAACCUGCCACACAGAUCCCUCCUCCACAGCAGUGCUUGUCUGCCCCCUCUAAGAGCCGCCUCGGGUCAGAACUUCUUCCACAAGUCUCUCGAAUCCUUCCAAACCGACAUUUGCCUUUUUUCUUUUCCUGGUGUCCUGUAGAUUUUGCUGCCUGUUCAAUUCUUUGGGCAUUUAAACACAUGAAUGUUUGCAAUGGCAUUUUAUUAUUUAAUGUCAUAGGAGAAUGUCUUAAAUUCUCUACUAAAUAGUAAGGAACUGCCUCGUAUUCAUAUUUUAGCCCCAAUGCCUAGACCACCAUCUGAAGCACUCAAUAUUGUUCAGUUGACAAGAAUUGAACUGUACAUUUUGUUAAGUACUUUUGAAAACAAUCUAAUAAAUUCAUCCAUCCAAGGAAUAUUUAUUGAGUGCCUUCUAUUCUUACUGUGCUGUACACAUGGAGGGGGUAAAAUAGUGAAAAGAAAGACAUGGGUCCUGAACACGUACUCUAGUAUGAAAGAAAAGACAAUAAACA